AUGCAGAAGAAGGUCCCCUGGUUCUCGCAUCUCCCUCAGUACGAGAGGGAGGCUUCGUUGUCGGCACAGCUCGCCGAGAGGACGGACAACGACAUCCAUCCUGAAGUGCUGAAGCUCGGUCUGAAGUUGGCUGACUGGUUGAUUGUCGGAGGAAACGCCCGCACGGAGGCCAUGUUGAAGGCCUUCAGCAAGGUAAUCAUGGACUACAACCCUCCCAAGGACCACGAGACAGGAGCCGACAUGAGCCGCCAUCUGGACACAAGGCUGAAGCCCAUGAUCUCGUACCUGGUUGCCUGCCGACCGCUCUGCAUCGGCAUGGGCAACGCGAUCAGAUGGUUGAAGGGAAAGAUUGCGCACCUUCCCCCGACUCUCUCACUGGAUGACGCAAAACAGCACCUUCAUGAGCAGAUGGAAGGAUAUGUCACUGAGAAGAUUGUGUUUGCUGACAGAAUCAUCUCAAAGCAUGCUGCCGCUAAGAUCAACAACAACGACGUGAUCCUCGUCUACGCGCGGUCCAUGGCAGUCGAGGCGGCGAUUCUUCGGGCACACAAGGAGGGGACAACCUUCAGGGUGAUUGUCGUCGACUCACGUCCGAAGAUGGAGGGGAAGCAGCUGCUGGACAGAGUCAGUGCUGCUGGGGUCGCUUGCACUUACAUCAUGAUCAAUUCUCUCAGCUUCGUGAUGAAGGAAGUGACCAAGGUGUUCCUUGGCGCAUCUGCCAUGCUCGCCAACGGCAACGUGAUCUCGCGCGUCGGAACGGCGUCUGUCGCGAUGAUGGCGAGGCAGUACAAGGUCCCCGUCCUGGUGUGCUGUGAGACGUACAAGUUCUCGGAGAAGGUGAUGUUGGACUCUAUCUGCAACAAUGAGCUCGGAGAUCCUGACGAGUUGGUUGCGUCCAACAACACGCUGGCCGACUGGAGGGACGUCAAGGACAUGAAGCUCCUCAACCUGGUGUACGACCUGACCCCUGCCGAGUCGUUGACGCUAGUGAUCACGGAGCUGGGAUAUCUACCGCCGUCUUCAGUACCCGUUGUCAUCCGUGAAUACCGCAAAGAAGUCACACUCUAG